AUGGCGGGGGAUGGGGAUGCGAUGGUUGAGGAGGAGAGACACUUUGCACUGCUACUGGAUGUCGGACUCUGCAUGGCCACCCUCGUGGCGCUCGGCUGUGUCUCCUUCAUUGUGGGUGGAUGGGUGAAGCCACGCGCUCCCAAAUACUGGACCAGGAGGACCUGGAACCCCUUCAGUGACGACUACUACGCGGAGGUGGAGGUCACAUCCGAGCUCCGGGACAUCGUUCAGCAACUCUUCGACAUGACCACCCAGUCGGAGAACAUGGGUCGCGGAGAGGAUGGAAAGUGGGCCAGCCACAAGUCUUUCCGCGUCCUUCAGGCGGGUGGUGAAACCAUGGGGAUUUGGAGGUGCACCGUAUCGAGAACGGGCCUCUCUGGACCUCUUAUGCCCGGCUCAGAAAGUCCAUCUGCAGCUGGAAGGUCAGAGAUGAAAUGA